CUUCCCCGCCGGUGCUCAUUCGCAAAGGGACCGUCUCGGCCGAGAGCCUGUUGGUGGGAACCUGUUUGGCGUCGGUUCUUAGGGGGCUUGGAGGUGACUGGCACUGGUCGGGGAGUCCGUACGAAAGAAGGCGCCAUGGACGAUCAGGGGUGCCCCCGAUGUAAGACCACCAAAUACCGGAACCCGUCCUUGAAGCUGAUGGUGAAUGUGUGCGGACACACUCUGUGUGAAAGUUGUGUGGAUUUACUGUUUGUGAGAGGAGCUGGAAACUGUCCUGAGUGCGGCACUCCUCUUAGAAAGAGCAACUUUAGGGUGCAACUCUUCGAAGAUCCUGCUGUUGACAAGGAGGUUGAGAUUCGGAAAAAAGUGCUAAAGAUUUACAAUAAAAGAGAAGAAGACUUUCCUAGUCUAAGAGAAUAUAAUGAUUUCCUGGAAGAAGUUGAAGAAAUUGUUUUCAACUUGACCAACAAUGUGGAUUUGGACAACACCAAAAAGAAAAUGGAGAUAUAUCAAAAGGAAAACAAAGAUGUCAUUCAGAAAAAUAAAUUAAAGCUGACUCGGGAACAGGAGGAAUUGGAAGAAGCUUUAGAGGUAGAACGACAGGAAAAUGAACAGAGAAGACUGUUUGUACAAAAAGAAGAACAACUGCAGCAGUUUCUAAAAAGGAAGAAUAAGCAGGCUUUUUUAGAUGAACUGGAGAGUUCUGAUCUCCCUGUUGCUCUGCUUUUGGCUCAGCACAAAGAUAGGUCUACCCAAUUGGAAAUGCAGCUUGAGAAACCUAAACCUAUGAAACCAGUGACAUUUUCCACAGGCAUCAAAAUGGGUCAACAUAUUUCAUUAGCACCUAUUCAAAAACUUGAGGAAGCUCUAUAUGAAUACCAACCACUGCAAGUGGAGACAUGUGGACCACAAGUUCCUGAGUUUGAGAUGCUAGGAAGACUUGGGUAUUUAAACCAUGUCAGAGCAGCCUCUCCACAGGACCUUGCUGGAGGCUACACGUCUUCUCUUGCCUGUCACAGAGCCCUACAGGAUGCAUUCAGUGGGCUUUUCUGGCAGGCCCGUUAACCUUUGUUCCUCCUUUAUAAGAUCUGGACUUGGGAGAGGAACUGGGGAGCUAGCAAAAGUAAAGCAAACUUGUAAAAUUGAAGUCAUAUGCAGCUGCACAACAACAGCACUACCAUAAGCAGCUGUAUUAAACUAUUUAUGAAGAGACAAUUUCAGAGCUAAGCUGAGCGAUAGAGUGGAUAAAUAGUCGUGGAAAAAGAUUUAUUUUUUACUUAUAUUUUUUUUUGAGAGGGAUUGAAGCUGGAAGCCUCAUCUAAUGGAAGAUAUGAAUCCUUUACCUAUGUAUAUAUUUGAGGUUGACAGACUUGUAAAAUCUUUUUAAAAAUAAAGCUAGACUUUAUGUUAAGUUUUGUGGUUUUUCUCUUAUUACAGUGUUUCACUUGAACACAUUAUAAAAUACCAUUUUGAAUAC